AUGUUUAAUCAUCUCAUGUUUGGAGAUUCAUCUCCGAUGAAUAGAAUGGGACUGGGCUGUAAAGAUGAGGUAUAUGACCUAAUGACUCCCGGUAAGGAUUUCAACAGCAUUAACUGCAACGGUUGGAGUGGAAAGCAUUCCAUAGAUGGUGAAGAGGAACAGCAGGUGCCGUUGAGGGAUGAAAGUCCGUCAUCAUCAGUCUCUUCAUUGGUAUCACAAUCCAUUCUUCAUUUAGGGAAACAACACACCUUCCCGUUAACUCCUUCUCCGAUUUCUUCGUCCAUGGUUGGUCGCUCUCCACAAGUGCCUCAUUCAAGUAGUAGCGCCUUAAUGGCCUUACAAACUCCCCAAGUCAAUGAUCCCAAACGACUGUUGAUGCACCCGACCAUCGAUAUACAAGUGAUUAAUCAAAAAUUGGAAACGGUCAAAGAAGAAAUUCGAAAAGAGGUUGAGAAACGCCUUGAACAAAUGAAAAUUGAAUAUCAAAACGAGUUGCAUUCGAUCCGAGAUCAAUUCUUGAGGAAUGAGCAAGAGCUUGAAAGAGAACGAUUCGAAAAGAUGGAACUGCAGAGUAAAAUUGAAGCAUUGGAACAACAGAUUAAAGUACUGACCUCAGAUCGAGAAAGGGCGACUUGUGUAAAUUCUCAAUCUCAUACCAGGCACGACAUGGAAUGUUUACAAGACACUCCCUUAAUUCCAAUUCAGAGUCAAAUCGACACUGAUUCUGAAAAAGAGAAUCAUCCCUUUGGAAACUCUUCAGAGACGGUUCUAGGCAAACACACUUCCAAGGGUUGUACUAACAGACAAAAGGACGACACAAAAGCAACCUCCUCUAACUCUCUCCAUUCUGACCCAACAACGAUCAUCUCAAAACAACCAGACAAAAUUCCCUCAAAGGUAUCAACCCAAUAUUCCAACUUUGACAUUUCCGUUUCUGAGCCUAUUGGACCUAGGAUACGAACUCAGGAUAUCACAUCUCCCCAACAAACUUUUUCAUGUAAUAUAAUCGCUGCCAAUUUCGAAGAGCAUUCACAGUCACCUUCCCAACAUUUUGAGGAAAAGACCUCAACAGCUCCACAACAACAACCACCGUCCAACAAGCUCAAAGAGUUUAAAGAAGUGAAAGGAGUGUAUCAAUACACGGCCAUUCUUCAGAAUUUUCAUUUAAGAAAAGGAGAAGAGCACGUUCCAAAAAAGAAAAAAUCGACUAGCAAUGUUUCAUCAAAGAAAGAACAAGGCAGCAGCAAAAAAUCAUCUCCACAAACACCCACUCCACAAUUGUCACUCAAGGAACGAGUAGCCUCGUGGCAUGCUAACGAAAGAGAAAAAGAAGAAAAGUUUUACAAACAAAAAGAACUGUUAGAUAUUUACUUUUCGUCCAAGAUGAAAGGAACUCCUGCAUGUGAACGUCUGAAAAAUAUUGUAAUUCACACCACAGACAUGUGGAAUAAUUUAUUCAUUUCAUACAAUGAUAGAGAACGUUUUUUGGACGAGCAUGUGUUACGGCCAAUUAGUCUCUCAGGAAAGAAGCAUGAUCAAAGUCGAUGGAUCCUCACAGACGAAUAUAUUUCAAGCAUGUUGAGUGCUUUUCUGGAUGAAUACAACCGAUUAGCGAGCUAUUUUCAACAAAAUGGAUCCAUUUUCAAAUCCAUCUCUGAAAGAGAAGGUUUAAAAUCAAGAAUCAGUUAUUUGUGGCGUCAACAAGAGGCAGGUGCAGUGGUCACCAAAGAAUACGUUGAGCUUGGUACUCGACUGAAAAAGUUGAAUCAUGAAUUGAUGAAAACUCUUAAUGAUUACGAAAAAGCCAACAACUGUCCUUUCAUGUUUCAAGGAUUUCGGUAUUUGGAUGUCAUACACUACGACCAGCUGGUACAACAAGAAGAAAUUGAAGAAAUGGAGAAGAAGGCACUUCAACACAGAAUCAAACGAUCGAUUCAGUAA